CGACAAACAAAAAUGGGCUUGUUCAUGUCUCUUGUUCUUCUCUCUAUCCUCUUCUCUCAAGCUUAUGCGACUACUCCAUUUCUUGAUGGGUAUCUUGCAAACGGGAACUUCGAAAAAGCACCAGAACCAUCAAACCUCCAGAAAACGGUGAUCGUAGGGAAGUAUUCUUUACCCAAAUGGGAGAUUUCCGGCAUUGUGGAGUACGUUUCCGGCGGGCCCCAGCCAGGCGGCUUCUAUUUCGCGAUCCCUCGUGGGGCCCAUGCAGCAAGGCUCGGAAACGAAGCUUCUAUAUCGCAAGUUGUUAAUGUGAAGGCCGGGUCGAUUUAUUCCCUCACAUUUUCUGCGACAAGAACUUGUGCUCAAGACGAGGUGUUGCGGGUCUUGGCUUCUGGCAAGUCGGAAGACCUUCCGAUUCAAACUUUGUAUAGCAGCGAUGGAGGAGACACUUACGCUUUCGCUUUCAUGGCUACUUCUGAUCGAGCGAAGGUCGUUUUUCAUAACCCGGGUGUUCAAGAAGACCCUACCUGUGGACCUCUAUUGGAUGCCAUUGCCAUCAAAGAGAUGCUUCCUCUACGUUACGUUGGAGGAAAUUUGGUGAAAAAUGGUGGGUUUGAGAUUGGACCUCACGUGUUCAAGAACUUCUCAACCGGAGUCCUCCUCCUUCCCAAAAUACACGACGUAGUUUCACCACUUCCCGGUUGGAUCAUCGAGUCGCUGAAACCAGUAAAAUACAUCGAUUUGAAACACUUUCAAGUGCCGGAGGGCCAAGCUGCCAUCGAGCUGGUUGGAGGGAGGGAAACUGCUAUCGCACAAAUCAUUCGCACGGUGCCUAAGAAAGUGUACAUACUAUCAUUCACGAUUGGAGAUGCGAAGAACGGGUGCCAUGGAUCAAUGAUGGUGGAGGCUUUUGCGGCAUCGGAAACCCUAAAAGUAAACUACGAGUCUAUAGGAAAAGGAGGUUUUAAAAGCGCAAGCUUUAAGUUUGAAGCGAUUUCGACUAGAACAAGACUCACAUUCUUCAGUGCUUUUUAUCAUACGAAGCUCAACGAUUAUGGUCACUUUUGCGGCCCUAUCUUGGAUGAUGUCAAGGUUUUCGCAGUUUCUCACUGAGAAGGAUGAAUUCAAAGGAUGCUUCUUCUCGAGUUAG